CCGUGCCAGUGCAGGUCACUUCCGGUGUUAUAAAAUCCGCAUAAAUUAUGCUCUUUUGGCUACUAAGAUGUAUCCUACCAAUUUAGAAACAAAGAUUAAACUGCAACGUUCAAGUCAAACAGACCACAAGGCGAACGCUUCAUAAUGUCACUUCCGGUGAAAUUUUCGGAUGUCCGAGGGGAAAAUGUAUCGCUGAAUCGAGACAAGAAUAGCGCUUCCUGGAAACAUAUUUAUUCAGGAGGGGUGGUAUUCAGUCAACUACCACUGGAAAGAGAGAAACCAGUAAAGUUAACUUUGCGUGGCACAUCAAUAGUUCACGUAGGAUUUUAUAAAGUAGACCCCAAAGAUAUCACUGAUGUUAAAGAGUUGUAUUUGAAAAAAGAGAUAGAUUUUAUCGCACAACUGAAUAUUUAUAAUCAGAAAUGUUCAGCUUAUCUCAAAAGGAACGCCUCUAGCUUUACCUACAAACAUGCGAACAUUCCAUACACGAAGAAUGUUGUAUCAGGAACGGCUAUCUGGAUUGCUAUUUACAUCCAGUUUGGGGAUGCGUGUGUCAAAAUGCGUUCUGAAACUGAUGCAUCGCAAUUGAUGCAAUUUCACAGCAUACAUGGUAACAAUAUUCAGUUUUGGGACACGACAAGGACGACUGCACAGUUACGUAAUCCCAAUCCAGCCGCAACGUCUUGCAUAGAACUGAAUUCCACAGAAGAAAAGGCUCUAUCGGUAACGCUAAGAUUGAAACCAUGUUCGCCUGAAAUAAAAAAGUACGGCUUACAAUUGUCAGCCUGUCAUUCGACUUCAAAACUUCUGAGCAAUUUUCAUGACAACAUGUUAACGACCGAAUCCAAGAUACAAAAACAACCAAAAUGGACAACAAUUCAAUCGUUUAAGAGGAAAUCGGGAAAUGUUAACACGUGCGACGGGGAGUUGACGAUAAAAGUGGAACAUGGCGGAAGAGUAAAAUAUCAUCAUGAUUCGGCAGGGGCAGGAUCAGCCCACGUGACUGAUCAACACACUCAAUCAGGAGGAAUCAUCCUUAUUUUGGGCAUGUUUCAGGUAAGUGUAGACAUAACUGACGCCUUUGAGUAUGAACCCAGAGUUGGAAGUGAUGAUGAGGAAUGCUCAAGUAUGUCGAGCGUGAAUUCAACAUCGGUCAUUUCAACAUGCUUGGACCGUUCUCUCAACUCUCCAACAUCACUUCCAAAAAGCGCACUAAUUCGAAAGAACAUAACAUUUGAAAUGUCAGAGGAUUCAUCGUCACGAGAUAAGACCGAAUCAUCUACUGAUAAUGUGUCGGAUAUUUCAAUCAAACAGCCACUGAAUGAUAGUACAAAACCUCCACAGGAACCAAGGGAUAGAGAACGUUUGGAUGCCUGGGUAAAGGAAGCAGCAGUGUUUAGUACACCGGAAUCCCCAACUGGAUUUCGAUUAUUUCGUAAGGAAGAUAAGCCUUUUGAAACAUUAGUGACAAAUAUGUUAGGAGAAGCUGGGCCAUCGAGAAAACGAGCGGAUGUUUCGUGUUCUUCAGAGCCUGUUGUGCAACCAAAACAGAUCCGGUUGCACGAUAAGUUGUAUUUGAAUGAAAAUACCGAGCAAGGGUUGAUACCAGCAAAGCAAACAGCUGAUUAUUUCCAUCCGGUGCCAACAUUAGCAUCUCCCUCAUUAGAACAAGGAAUUAUUUUGUCAGAACAAGCCGGAGAGGCCCAACGGACUUCUCCAACAAAUACUCGUCUCGAAUUGAAACGUUCAAGAAUGGGAGUUCGACUCACCCCUCCAAUCAAUUCAACGACAGAUGGCCAAAGCAAAAGCGUUGUUUUAUCAAACAGACAGCACCAUGGCAGAAUGAUUCAACAUCAGAUGACAUACCCCAACCUAUCGACGUUGACAGAUAAUUCAGGUCUUUUUCGUGACGACUACAGUAUUACGCUGCAGGAGAAAGCUACUUCAAAACAUUAUCUAAAGGACAGCAUAAAGAGGAACUAUACAAAUCUCGUCGAGAAACUGGAAAUCGUUCCAUUGAUUGACCACCUAUACCAGGCAGAUUUUUUGGGAGAGGAAGACCUUGAUAAAUUUAGAUCAUGCCCACAAAGUUCGGAAAGCAAUAGGUUGUUGCUUUCAAUGCUCAGGAGAAGGCCAGUUGAUAAAACAAAAUUCUUAGCAGCUUUACGAAACUCGAAACUUGAGCAUUUGAUCUCAAUGUUUGAUAUCCAGGAUACCAAUGACUCUACCUUUUAAAGUGUGGAUAAUACGAGCAAAUUAAGGAAUAUGAAGUUUAACCAGCCAAGAAACUGUCGAAACUGUGGAAUUGUUUGACGAUGCUGCUACACGUUGCUUAAUGUGAACCGGACCCAAUAUGCCAUACCAACUGCGCCAAAGUUUCAUCGUAAAAUUGAUACAGUCACAUAACAAUUCGCGGAACUGUAAAUUAAGAGACAUGUUUCGACUAGAAAGCGUCAACCUAAAUUAUUUGCGGAAUAUUUUAGCGACAAAACAAACUUGACAUGAACUAUCUUUACCACAGGAUGGUAAUCAGUGUCUUCUCUGCGACAUGAAUUGCGCCUCAAAGGCAGACAGGAAAAUACCGCUACCAGAGGUUGUGUAGUACCAACCUCGAAGUUUUAUAUUGCCAUCGGCGAUGCAGAGGAGUAUUUCAAAAAAGAUGUGUAGAUGAAAAGAAGAUGGUUUUCUGCAUAUUUACUUCUGAUAAAACGCGCUUAUUCGAUUUUAAUGCAAUCAAACAUAUUUUUCCAAUUAUCUACACAACUGAGCUACCUAUUUGACGGACGUGUCCUGGGCAAACAUUGCUACAAAACAAAACUUUGUGAACACAUAUAUGACUGCUCUCCGAGAUGAGAUAUAUGUAAGAUUUACCUAAGCCUACUUUCAGAAUAUGGCAGUUGUUCCCCUUAGGACUAACAUUUCCGAUUUAUAGCUUCGGAGGGAGAAAAUUUUCGAAGGUCGAAGAGUUACAUCGUGAUCAUUUCCAUACGCGAUGAUUUCUACUUAAGCAGGUCAGAUUUGUUUUUAAAAUAAUGGUAACAGAUAUGGCUGAAUGACUGCAUUCUCAUUCAAUUUUUUAUUAACCAAAAGCCCUUAGGCUUAUAGGUACUACAUACUUUGGAUGUUUCACUUAUACAUGUUAUACCUUACAUUUGAGUUCGAUGUUUAUUUAUGUAUCAUGCUUCUUGAUUCAAUACUGUUUUAGCUAAAAUUUCUCGGUAUAGUUCAUCACUCGCAUAUGCAGAAACUUGCAGUUUUAAUUAGGGUUGCCAAAUUUCUUUUGGUAACGUGUUACUCGAAAUCCCGAUCGAGUAACCGGUUAUUCGGUUAAUUUGGUAAUCAAACAAUAAAGAACGACAGGACGGUUUUCGUUAAGCAAAAGUUAUUUUUAAAGCACAUACAUGUAUUAAUUAGCAUGGUACUGUGGUUUACUCGAGUAUUGCAAGCUAAACCUAGGAAAUAUAUAGUUGCAUGUAACCUCAGUAAGUAUAUUUUAUGGACAAUAUAUGUCGAUAUACAGUAAAGUGGGAUUUAAUUACAUCUGUACUCGAAUUCAUAUGCGGUAAUAUUGCUCUUUAGAACCAAAUUUGAUCGACAAACGUUUUGAUACACGCUUGCUCGUUUAGGUGGGUACUCUUCAUGUUAUGUUUAAGUAAAAGCGAAUUAUACAUGUACCUAUACAAAUUGUUGAUAUUUCACAACUACUUUGUAUUCUGGCUUCCUUAAAAAUCUUUCAUUUUUUAUGGCGCUGGCGGCAUCUCUUUGUCAAUUUUAACAAUACAGUACACAAACAACACUUACAUGUCAGUCUGAACACUGUUUUUAUCACAACAAACUACCUUUCCAAUUUGGUCGCAUCAAUAGAAAAUGUGUAGGUCUAAACCAGGAAAACAUGGGGGUCCCCGAAGGGGUAAGUACGUGUCCGAUUAUUCGGUUAUUGGUUUUGGUAACUGGUUCGUGGUCUUUCGACCGAGUAACCGGUUAACCAUUGACAAUUCUAGUUUUAAUUAAUAAUAUUGUCAGCUUAAGUUGGUAAAUCACAUCAAACCAUUCUCAUAUUUUUUGGUUGUGGCGAUGAUAUGCAUAAUUUAAACAAACAUACAUGUAUAUAUACCAUGGUAUAGACUGUGAUCACGUUCGAUGUAUAUAAUAUUAGUAUUUAUUACAUACUUACUAAAAUAGUACGGGUUUUUUGUAUAUGCAA